CCUCUUGAGCCCGGAGAUUCCCCAGUAACUGGGCGCAGUCCUUUCCUCGCAGCUUUUAAAGGAGGGGGUUUGGGGCUUUGGGAAGAUAUUUUUGGGGGGUGUGGGCACAACCUACCAUGGCCACAUCUGGCAGGAUCAGUUUUACAGUGAGGAGCAUUUUGGAUUUACCAGAGCAGGAUGCGCAUAGCAUAAAGCAAGCCUCCGACCACCACCACUCAGCGGAGAACUACACCGGCUCGCCGUACCGAGGGUGGAUAGAAACAGACAGAAAUCAUUAUCCCUCCUCCGACGAGAGCGGCCCGGAGCUGAGCCUGCCCGACUCCACCCAAAGGCCGCUCCCCGCCCGCGGCUCGGAGGCCGAGAAGAAGAAGAAGCGGCGGGUGCUCUUCUCCAAGGCGCAGACGCUGGAGCUGGAGCGGCGGUUCCGGCAGCAGCGCUACCUCUCGGCGCCGGAGCGGGAGCAGCUGGCCCGCCUGCUCAGCCUCACUCCCACCCAGGUGAAGAUCUGGUUCCAAAACCACCGCUACAAGAUGAAGCGGGCGCGCAGCGAGGGGCCCGGCAGCCCUCCGCCGCCGCGCCCGCCCGCCCUGCUGCGCCGGCUCCUGGUGCCGGUGCCGGUGCUGGUGCGGGACGGGGAGCCGUGCCGGGGCUGCCCCGCCAGCCCCCCGCCGCCUGCCGCCCGUCCCAAGCUGGGCUGCGCCCUGGCGGGCUGCAGCGCCCAGGCCGCCCUCGCCGUCCAGGGCUACCAAGCCUGCCCGCCCGCCCUGGGCGUCUUCCCCGCGUACCAGCACUUAGCGCACCCCGCCGUCGUCUCCUGGAGCUGGUGACAGCGGCGCCUCGCCCUCCGGGCCGGACUCAUCCCGAGGGCGCCUGGGCUGCCCGCCCCGCCGCCGGCUCGCCCGGGGGCACGGGGACCGGGCACGGCGUUUGUAAAACCUCUGCUCCCCCUGUUUCUUUCUGAGAGGGUUCCCUGUUAAAAAAACAAUAAUAAUGAUCCUAGCGACCUAGUUUAUUUGCAGAUAGCUUAUUCUUCCGGUGACUAAUAAAAUGAUUUGGGG